AUGGAGACCGAAGCCUCAAAGCGCCGCUCGGUUCGUCAGGCCAUAACUCGAAAAAGAAGUUUGUACAUGGACCCGGACACGGAUGACGACUUUGACAUUGCCGAUGCUCGGGAUUCCACCAGCGAGCAUCUCCAGUCUCCAGAACCCGAGCAGAAACGACCAAAGAUCGCGAAGAGGCGAACGAGCAAACCAUCUCCAAGAGAAACCAGGUCAGCGGCCAAGAAACCUGGUCACAAAAAGUCGCCACCGAAAAGGAAGACCAAACAUGCUUCCAAGCCGACAAAACAAGCUGCACCUGUUGUGCCUUUGAUUCCGAGUGACGGGAUAAUACCUAAGUGGAACACUCUUCCAUACGAGAUUCUGUUACAGGUAUUCAGUUAUGCUUUCGCUGCCGAACUUGAGCACGAAACAGGUGGUGUCGCGAGCCGAAGGGUCAACCACCCGAACACCUGGAUCAUGAGGACGGCUCGAAAGGUCUGUCGAGCCUUUUCAGAACCAGCCUUGACAGCUUUCUACCGAGCUCCNAGUCUUCUGGCUGCACGAUGGUUAGAAGAUUUCUCUACCAUCGUCAAGCAGCCUAACGAUCAGCACUUGUACUCGUACAAUAUGAAAGUUACCAGCUUAGAAGUGUCUGCUAAGAAUCUGGAGUCCUUUGUCAAAAACCCUUCAUCGUCCUUUGCUGAGACCAUAUCAAAACUGCCGCGACUUUCUUCGUUGAUCAUCUCGCAUCCGUUGGACGAACCGCCGUAUGAGUAUGAAAGCCGAUUUCCUCGAUGGAAGUAUCCUCUGGAGCUUUUUGAAACGCUCGAUCAGAACAACACUCAUCUCGAGUGCUGGAGAUGGAAUACACAUCUCACGGAGCAGCAAGACGGUAAAGCAGAGUUUCAAGGAGCAGCAGCACUUGAUGCCGAGGAGGAGGAUGCCGCAGAUCUUGCUUUUGGCAAGAUCCUUGUUGAUCUACCCAACCUGGAGACGUUGUCUUUCGAAAGUUGUGAUCGUCUCUCUGAGCCCAUGUUACUUCAACUACCAAACACCCUCAAGACCGUCAAGUUCAUCAACUGNGGUGCCAAUGCCGCACAGAACCUCUUCCGCUCGCUAGUCGAAUCUGCUCAAUCUCUGCUAGAUCUUCGAAGGUUAGUUCUACAAGCUCACAUAAACAUAUCCUGGCGAGACAGAGCAGCAUUCAGGGACCAGUGGAUCGAACGUCUUUGCCGAGUAUACCAGCGCUAUCCUCAAAACCCCGACUCAAAGCUCGCAUCAUUCAAAGCUUUCCGACAAUGGAAGGAAGUGCAGGCUGCUAGUGCUGCAGCCAAGUCACGUCGCUCGCUGAGCCAUGUCGAAAUUGUUGUACGCAAGCCUUCGUUGAACUCUCAGACUUCUCAAGCUUCAGAUGACGAGCCUCUGGCCACACGCCGUGCCAGACGUGUUGUUAAACCGGCAUGUCCACCACCACUUCCUACUCCGCCAGCCAAAAUCAAGGCUCGUGGUCGCCGCAAGCGUGGUCGUAGAGGCUCUGACGCCAUCUCAGUCGCUUCUGAUGACAAUACUAGAGAGGGUGAAGAUUGGCGGCACACACCCGAACGCUUCAUUCAAGGACUUUGCACUGUCGUCGAUGUUCGUAUCGAUAAUCAGCGACCACGCGAAGAGCAGUUCAACGAGUCACAUUUCCUGGAUUCCGAGGCUAGCGGCGAUGAGGAAUGGACAGAAGGGGCAGAAGUCGACGAGGACGGAUAUGCUUGGUAG